GAAAGGAGUUACAAAAUUAUUUGUCGCAAAGAAAAGAUUGAUUGUUUUCCGAAUAUUGGUCAAUCAUAAUUAGGAAAGUCUGACUCGAGCAAAUCGAUCGGAUGCUUGAUCCUGUAAAAAGAAUCGUAGAAUCAAUUUCAUACUGUGCAAUCAAAUGUUAAUUGAUAACGUGUCAUCAUUUGAACUGUUCGGUACGAUAGUGCGUUAUUGGCUCGAAGUGUGCUCAUAGAUUUCGAGAUAAUUAUUCCCGUUAUUGAAUAACACAUCGCAGAGGUCCACAGAAGAGUCCAAGUCAGCUCUGACACAACUUCCUCGGUCGUUUCUCUGGUUUGAAGUUGUACCAGUUAGCGAUAAACAAUUGAUAUCAACGCCAUGUUGUCUGGUGAAACUGAAAUUUCUAUUUAUAAUAACAUACGCCAUGGACAAAUAAAUAAAUUCGAAUUUGGGUCUCGGGGCCACCAACGGUCACCAUCGGACACACGAGAUUUCAAGGAGAGGACCAAGAGGGACGCUCUGAUACAACUUCAGCAUGAAGUGGAUCGAUUACAAGUAACGGCUCCUCCAAACGAACAAGAUAGAUUGGGUCGUGAAUUUUCUGGUUUCACUCGACUUUUCGAUAGAUUCCUUCAGGAGGAAGGACCCUCACUAGAAUGGAAUAGCAUACAGAAGUUACCUGAGGAUGCUGUCCGAGACUACACCACGCUUCCAACCCCUGAAUCAGACGAAGUAAUAAGAAGUAUGCUGGAGAAAUUGGUAGUUGUCAAACUGAAUGGUGGUCUUGGAACAAGCAUGGGUUGCCAUGGCCCCAAAUCUGUCAUUGCCGUCAGAAAUGAUUUAACUUUCCUUGAUCUCACUGUACAACAAAUUGAGGACCUGAAUAAGACUUAUAAUGCGAACGUCCCCCUCAUAUUGAUGAAUUCUUUCAACACAGACGACGAUACGCAAAAAAUAAUUAGGAAAUACAAGGGAUUACAUAUAGAUAUUCACACCUUUAAUCAAAGCUGUUAUCCACGUAUAAAUCGAGACUCUCUUUUACCAACCGCCAAACACUGCAAUAUUGACCAAGAUAUUGAAGCAUGGUAUCCCCCUGGUCACGGUGACUUUUAUGAAAGCUUUCAAAAUUCAGGAUUGCUGAAAAAAUUUAUCAAACAGGGUCGUAAAUAUUGCUUCAUCUCUAACAUCGAUAAUCUGGGUGCGACUGUAGACCUUAGCAUUUUGAAUCUGCUACUUAAUUCGAAUAAUAAAAUCAGCCCGGAAUUCGUUAUGGAAGUCACAAACAAAACAAGAGCUGAUGUUAAGGGUGGUACUUUAAUCCAAUAUGAGGACAAACUGCGUCUUCUUGAAAUUGCUCAAGUACCAAGCGAACAUGUCGAUGAUUUUAAAUCUGUCAAAACAUUUAAAUUUUUCAACACCAAUAACUUGUGGGCGAGUUUGACUGCAAUCGAAAGGGUUCUGGACGAAAAAACGUUGAAUAUGGAGAUCAUUGUAAAUAACAAAAGUUUAGCCAAUGGCCUAAAUGUUAUUCAGCUAGAAACAGCUGUUGGUGCUGCCAUGAAAUCAUUUGAUGGUGGACUUGGAAUUAAUGUGCCACGUAGCAGAUUUUUGCCAGUGAAGAAGACUUCAGAUUUGAUGUUGGUAAUGAGCAACCUAUACAGUUUACGAAAAGGAGCUUUGCUCAUGAGUCCACAGCGCAUGUUUCCUACUACUCCUCUUAUCAAACUUGGAGACAAUCAUUUUUCAAAGGUAAAAGAGUUCCUACGCAGAUUUGCUACAAUUCCUGAUCUUUUGGAAUUGGACCACCUGACCGUGUCUGGUGAUGUUACAUUUGGCAGAGGAGUUUCCCUUAAAGGCACGGUUAUAAUUAUCGCAAAUCACGGAGAUCGUAUUGACAUACCAUCUGGAACUAUACUGGAAAAUAAGAUUGUUUCUGGCAAUCUUCGUAUCUUAGAUCAUUAAAUUAGUUCAACAUUUUUUUUUUGGUGUUGACCAAACCUCGCACAAUGUUUAUAAGCAAAUAAAAUUGUAUGAUAUGUGUGGUGAAUGAUAGUCAUUAAUUAAUUAUUGAUCAAGUUUAA